GGAAACGACAGAGUUUCCGUAGACCUCGUAAAAAAUUGAAGAAAAUUGAAGAGCCACGAAGCCUUACUGCUGCGAGUCUUCCCAGGCAUAGCCAACAAUCUAACGCAAAACAACUGCGCGGGCUCCGUUUACUAAAUUCAAAGAUAUUUCUCCGCUCAUGUCGCGCGAGUGUUCUGACUUGCUGUGCACAACUCCAACGAGCUAUGCUACGCAAAAUUCACCUAGAAAAUGUCCUUACGACGAAACGGCCCCGCAGCACGAGUGAGAAGCUGAUCGGCUUGCGAAGGAUACCUGCUGCGCACGGUUCCGAAGGUAUCUCGCUAACGAUGCUAACAGUAUAAAAGUGACCUGUGUUGAGGCAACAUAGUUCCUCACAAAACGCAUUCUCUCUACUUCUCAUCGCAUCUAAUCAGGUAGUUCUCCAAUCGACCAAGACGAAACCAAUCUUUUUCUACUUAGCACUCGCGCAACUCAUCUCUCUCGUUACCAUCCGAGCCAAAAUCUUUCUGAAAAUGGUCAAGCUUGACACAUCUUUCUCCUUGCUCUCUGCUUUGCUCGUUGCAAGCACGGCGAUUGCGCAUCCGCUUGCGAAUAAAGAGCUUGCUAAGCGCCAAAGUGGAAGUGCACCUCCAUUCCCACUUCCCAGCGGCUCGUUUACAGGCGGACCUAGCGGUGUACCCCCACCACCUCCCAGCGGCUCCGCCUCAGCGUUCCCAGGCGGGCCUAGCGGUGUACCCCCACCGCCCAACAACGGAACCGGCACGGACCCCGCCUUCAGUGGUGCUGUUCCCAGUACCGACCCAGCAUUCACUGCUGUCCCGGGUAGUGUGACUGCGCGUGCAUUCGGUCGGGCAGCCCAGAAUCAAGGCCAAGGCACCGGAACUCCGAGAGGAACUCUCACCGGUACCGACGCUCCUCCCCCGCCCACUGGGACGUUCACGAACACGCCGACGGGUACAGCGCCGCCGCAAACUGGUACACUGACCAACGGAAAUCCCCCACCUACUGGCACCAACAUACCCACAAAUGGUGCACCAGACCCAGCUGGAACGAACACAAACGUCCCAAACGGUAACAACAAUAACAACAACAACGCACAGCCGCUCACCAAACGGCAGGCCUCCGCGUCCGACUCCGCUUCUCUCUCUGCUGUCCCAACAGUGGACCCAAGUGGUUCUGUGCUGCCACCAGUACCUUCCGAUCCACCAAGCGGCAGUGCGUCCUUCGACUUCCCAGCACCCUCGGGCUCUGGGUUCCCUCCGCAAGGUGGCAAUGGUAGUGGACUCGGGUUCACUGACCCAUCUGGUUCCGCGCCGAUCCCUCCCCCAUUCCCUUCAGGCUCUGACUUCCCCGCUCUACCAAGCGGCAGUGCAGUUCCUGCGCCAGGUGGUCCGGGCCCAAACGGUACUGACCCGAGCUUCAGCGGCAGUGGUCUCGGUCCCGCUCCAACGGACUCCGCAUCGUUCAUCGUACCAACUGACGCACCCUCCGCAUCAAUUGACCCGUCUCUUGUUUCCGCAACGGCACCACCGACCGCCAGCGUCUCUGCGUAA